GCAUCUCCUUUAAUUUGAGAUCUGGAAGUAUACCAUCAUGGCGGAUCUAAAGAGAUAUUGGUGUGACUGGGAUCUAGGUCCAUUCUCUGAAAAGCUGAGAAAGAGUCAGCAGCAGAUAUUUUCUCCCAAUCUUUGGAUCCCUCUCCUCUUCCUACUCACGGGGCUAGGAGCCUCUGGAAAGGAAACAUCUCCAACAGUGAUGUUAGGGACCCUAGGGAGUUCUGUGACUUUCCACCUAAACAUCUCGAUGGAUACAGAGAUUGAGCAUGUCACCUGGAAUUGUCCCCCAAAGACUCUUGCUUUAGCAUUCUACAAAAAUGACAUUAUGAUUCUGGACAAAGAAUAUAAUGGCCGACUCAACGUCAGCGAAGAUGGCUUCUCCUUGUACAUGAGCAACCUAACCAAGAAUGAUUCAGGAUUCUACCAGGCUCAGAUAAACCAAAAGAAUGUUGCCCUCACCACAAAGAAAGAGUUCACACUGCAUAUCUAUGAGAAGCUCCAGGAACCUCAAGUCACCGUGGAGUCUGUGACGCCAUCCGGUACAGAUUCCUGCACCGUCACCCUAAUCUGCACUGUAAAGGGGGCAAAGGACAGUGUCCAGUACAACUGGACCCGAAAGGACACCCAUUUUAAUACAUCCGAUGGAAGCCCCAUCCUCAGGGUUUCCCAGAGUGUCUGUGACACCGACCUACCCUAUACCUGCACAGUAUGGAAUCCAGUCAGCCAAAACAGCUCCCAACCUGUCCGCGUCUGGCAGUUCUGUACAGGAACCUUCAGAAGAAAAACAGCAGCGGGGAAGACUGUGGUUGGAACCCUGGGAGAGCCAGUGACCCUGCCCUUGGUAUUUCCGGCCAGUCAGGACACAAAGAAUGUUGUCUGGGUGUUUAACACGUCGGUCAUCAGUCAAGAACCGAGAGGAGCAGCAACAGCGGAUCCUCGCCGUAAGCCCAAAGGUUCUAAAGAAAGGAGGGUGAGGACCUCUGACCAGGACCGAUCCCUGAAGAUCAGCCAGCUGAAGAUGGAGGACGCAGGCCCCUACCAUGCCUAUGUGUGCUCAGAGGCCUCCCGAGACCCCAGUGUGAGUCACUUCACCCUGCUUGUCUACGAAAGACUGAAGAAGCCCAGCGUCACCCAGAGUCCUGUGCACAUGAUGAACGGCAUCUGCAAGGCUGUCCUGACCUGCUCAGUGGACGGUGGUAGAAACAGUGUGACAUACACGUGGAUGCCUCUACAAAACAAAGCUGUCAUGUCCCAAGGGAAGUCCCACCUCAACGUCUCCUGGGAAAGUGGUGAACACCUGCCCAACCUCACGUGCACAGCCCGUAACCCUGUCAGCAACAGCUCCAGCCAGUUUUCUUCCGGGACCAUCUGUUCAGGCCCUGAGAGAAACAAGAGGCUUUGGUUCCUGCUCCUCCUGGUUUUGCUCUUGUGGAUGCUCAUUGGCGGUUGCUUCAUUCUGAGGAAAAAGAAGCAGUGUCCAUCUUUGGCCACCAGGUACAGGCAAACAGAGGCCCCAGCUGAAAUACCAGAAACCCCAACUGGCCAUGGCCAAUUUUCUGUGCUCUCCCAACGGUAUGAGAAACUAGACAUGUCUGCUAAGACCACCAGGCAUCAGCCUACACCCACCUCAGACACCAGCUCUGAGAGCAGCACAACAACAGAAGAGGAUGACGAAAAGACCAGAACGCAUAGCACUGCUAAAGGGAGAAAUCAGGUGUAUGACUUGGUCACCCAACAGGACAUUGCACAUGACUUGGCCUAUGAGGGGCAAGCAGAAUAUGAAGCAAUCACUCCAUAUGAUAAAGUGGAUGAGUCUAUGGAUGAAGAAGACAUGGCAUAUAUACAAGUGUCCCUGAAUGUGCAGGGAGAGACCCCACUUCCUCAGAAGAAAGAAGACUCAAAUACAAUCUACUGCACUGUACAGAAGCCUAAAACGAUGGUGCAAACACCAUAGCAAGAUAAUGAGUGUCCUGAAACCCCUACCUAUGAAAAUUUCACCUGAAGGGAAAAGCGGCUGCUACUUCCAGGGGUGAGGAUUUGGAGAAAAACAGACGUCAUAAAUCCUGCUGUUUCUGCAGAAAGGAUACAUCGGAAUUUCCUGCCAUGGCUUAGACUAGCCUGAAUUUGAUGCCUUCCUCUUCUUGUUGAUCUUCUUAACCCACGAGCCCAUUUUCAGGUCAGGCAGAGUCUCCUUGGAGCCUACAGGCCUUGAACACCCUGCCGUUGGAUCCUUUUUUCAUAUCUGGGUCGCCUUGUCUGCCUCAGUGAAGGAG